CUUUGCCCGAAGUUUUUACAUACCAAUUCUACUAGUCACACUUGGCCAUUCAGUGCAGUUGCUGAAUUAAUAGAUAAUGCAUACGAUCCCGAUGUGAAUGCUAAACAGAUAUGGAUUGACAAAACAGUGAUAAAUAGGCACAUAUGCUUAACGUUCACUGAUAAUGGGAAUGGUAUGACUUCAGACAAAUUACAUAAAAUGCUAAGCUUUGGCUUCAGUGACAAAGUCACCGUGAAUGGUCAUGUCCCAGUUGGAUUGUAUGGGAAUGGUUUCAAGUCAGGUUCUAUGCGUUUGGGUAAAGAUGCAAUUGUUUUUACCAAAAAUGGAGAAACCAUGAGUGUGGGCCUCUUGUCUCAGACCUACUUGGAAGCCAUACAAGCAGAACAUGUUGUUGUUCCAAUAGUGGCCUUCAACCAACACCGACAGAUGAUUAAUUUAGCGGAAUCAGAGGCAAGCCUGGCUGCAAUUCUGAAGCAUUCUCUGUUUCCCACGGAGCAGAGUUUACUAGCAGAGCUGGAUGCUAUCAUAGGGAAGAAGGGGACGAGGAUCAUCAUUUGGAACCUUAGGAGCUAUAAAAGUGCAACAGAGUUUGAUUUUGAGAAGGAUAAAUAUGACAUCAGAAUUCCAGAAGAUUUAGAUGAGAUAACAGGGAAGAAAGGGUACAAGAAACAAGAGAGGAUGGACCAAAUUGCCCCAGAAAGCGACUAUUCCCUGAGGGCUUACUGCAGUAUAUUAUAUCUAAAGCCAAGAAUGCAGAUCAUCUUACGUGGACAGAAAGUGAAGACACAACUAGUUUCGAAGAGUCUUGCUUACAUUGAACAUGAUGUUUAUCGACCAAAAUUUUUAACGAAAACAGUGAAAAUUACUUUUGGAUUCAACUGCAAAAAUAAAGAACAUUAUGGGAUAAUGAUGUAUCAUAAAAACAGACUCAUCAAAGCUUAUGAAAAAGUUGGAUAUCAGUUAAAGGCAAACAACAUGGGUGUUGGAGUAGUGGGAAUUAUAGAAUGUAAUUUCCUAAAGCCAACUCAUAAUAAGCAAGAUUUCGACUAUACUAAUGAGUACAGGCUUACAAUACUAGCACUGGGAGAUAAACUGAAUGAUUAUUGGAAUGAAAUGAAAGUGAAGAAAAAUGCAGAAUAUCCUCUAAAUUUGCCUGUUGAAGAUAUACAGAAACGUCCUGAUCAGACGUGGGUUCAAUGUGAUUCCUGUCUAAAGUGGCGAAAGUUACCAGAUGGGAUAGAUCAACUCCCAGAAAAAUGGUAUUGCUCCAAUAACCCUGACCCACAGUUCAGAAACUGUGAUGUUCCAGAAGAACCUGAAGAUGAGGAUUUGGUGCAUCCGACUUAUGAAAAAACCUACAAAAAGAGAGACAAGGACAAAUACAGGAUCAGACAACUGGAAAGGCUCCCUCAGAUUAAUACUGAACUGUUGUUUUCAACAAUCCCUUUGCCAAGUAUUUCUCCCGUGAAGGACAGUGUUCCAAGAGGACAUCUUUCAGAAGCAGCGAAUACUUACGCAGCACGACUUGUAAACAACAGGGGUUCACCCCAGUCUGAGCCUGAGAGCAACAGCAUGAAACGGAGACUUCCUAUUCGUUCCUCAAUUUUGAAUGCAAAGACUCCGAGAUUGAGUAAUCAAGCAUUUGAAAAUCCAGCUUCUAGAGAGGAUGAUGAAGAUGUCAUCAUCUUAGAAGAGAACAGUACUCCCAAGCCUGCAAUAGAUCAUCAGAAUGUUGAAAUGAAACCAGAACAGAGUCACAUCGAGCAAAGUAUGGGUGACAUGCUUCAGGACGAGCCUAUGGGUGACAUUGAACCUUGUGACCAGACUAGUUCAACAGGAACCUUGCCAUCCAGGUGUGAUCAGGCAACUGCUGUGGCCACCCAGACUGAAGUCCCAGGUGUGGUGGUUAAAAAGGAAGAAACGAUUGAAGAUGACAUCAAUACAAGAAACGAUACAGCUGCACUGCCAUCCUGUGUGGAAGCUGAAGGGAAGCCACAGGAAAUGCAGGAGACCUUUGAUAAAGCUGUGGGUGAUGCUGGGUGCCGGGUAAAUGAACUGAGAAAUGAGCUGCUGCUAGUUACCCAAGAAAAAGAAGAUUAUAAAAGACAAUGUCAUAUGUUUACUGACCAAAUCAGGCAGUUACAACAGAGGAUACUGGAAAUGAAUGACAAAUACGUGAAGAAGGAAACCUGCCAUCAAUCUACCGAAACCGAUGCUGUGUAUUUACUUGAAAGCAUUAAUGGCCAAUCUGAAAGUCUAGACCACGUGGCAUCUCAGUACCGGCAAGCUCUGGACGAAAUAGAAAGGCUGAAGAAACAGUGCAGCGCUUCGCAGCACGUGAAGCACGAAUGCAGUCAGUGUUCCAAUAGUGAGAGUAAAAGUGAGAUGGACGAAAUGGUCAUGCAACUGGAUGAUGUGUUUAGACAGCUGGACAAAUGUACUGUUGAGAGGGACCAGUAUAAAAGUGAGGUUGAAUUACUGCAAAUAGAGAAAUCACAAAUUCGUUCACAGUGUGAAGAACUGAAAACUGAAAUUGAACAAUUAAAAUCUGCAAGUCAACAAAGAGGAACAGAUGUUUCAACUUCAAGUAACAUCGAGGAGUCUGUAAAUUAUGCUGAUGGGGAAAGCUUCAAACUGCGAUCUCUCCGAGUUAAUGUGGGACAACUGCUGGCCAUGAUUGUACCUGACCUCGAUCUUCAGCAAGUGAAUUAUGAUGUUGAUGUCGUUGAUGAGAUUUUAGGACAAGUUGUCGAACAAAUGAGUGAAAUCAGUAGUUCUUAAAGUCUAUAUUAUUCGAUAUAAUAAAACUAUUUGCUCAGUC